CCCAUGUAAUCCUGAGUGCGCAUGUGGUCACUGUCAAUCCCAAAGACAAAAGUAUGGGGGCUGAGUACCCCCCCCCCCGUCAAAUGAUUGAAAGGAGGAUAUUCGCCAAAUCAACCCAUUGUUUAUAAAAUUAUACCUGAUUUCAUUCAGUCAAUGAUAUGAUUAUGAGCUGAACACGCUGAACUGAACAUAUUGAGAAAAACAUAAAUUUGAAUUUCCCGCCGGGUAACUCGGAAACUAUCAUUUGUCAUGGUACUUUAGUCUUUAACCUGUCACGAAAUAGCUUUUUCAUCCUCUUGUGAACCUUGCUUGUGAACAGAAAUGAACAUUGACAAAGGAAAGCCAUACAGAAUAGCUGUAGGCCUAUACAUGGCUUGGUGCGCAUGGUAACCUGAUAAGGAAUAUUGACAGUGAGGACUCGGCAGAGCAAGGGCAGGGUGCUUCAUGGUGUCACUCCUUUUUAGGACCUCACUUGCAGUGGUCUGCUUUAGUAACCUAAAUACUCUUCAUCCGCUAGUUCGGGCUGCAGGAACGAUUCAAGUCAAAGAUCAGAAGACUGUGGAUGCUCUUGAGAAUGUUCAGAACAGUGUCGUAAAGAAAAGGCGUGCAAUGCGGCGUGUCAUGAUAUCACCAAGAACCUUCCACAUUACACUUAUGGUGUUUAGAAUAGAAAAUGAAGACGACAGUCUGAGAGCUAAAGAAGCGCUUGAUGCCGUCUAUGCUCGCCUAAAGGAAGAAUACAAGGCUAACCCGAUUAAGGUCGUGUUCGAAGGCAUUGGCAACUUCAGGAAUCAAAAUAAAGUAGUCUAUGCAGAUGUCAUAGAUGAGCUUACCAUUGACAGGCUGAGGGCUCUGUCUGAUGUUAUUAGGGAAAUCUACGAAGCUGCAUCGCUAAAAGCUACUGAUGACCGCUUCACUGUCCAUAUGACCUUGAUGAAGAUGUCCAAAGUCACGUGGAAAUGGCAAAACCAAAUGGGUAUUAAGACGAUUGAUCCAUCACUCUAUGCAGAGUUUGCUGAGCAGGUGUUCGGCACUACAACAGUUAGCAGUCUUCAGGUAUGCUCAAUGGCAGGGGAUGAGGAAACUGGGUAUUAUAAAAUCCUACACGAAGUCCAUUUUCAGGAAACCGAACCUACUGACCCCAAAAGUCUUCCUCAAAGCAGUGGAGGUUCACCUGCGAAAGAAAUUGUGCAACACGAAAUUGGACUGGAUGAAGCAGAAAAUACCGCCAUGGAUGGUGAUCCUAAGUGUCUUCCUGAAGCAAGUGGAGGUUUGCCUGAAGAAGAAAUUGUGCAAGACGCAAGUGUACACGAUGCAGCAGAAGAUCUUGCCAUGGACGUCAACCCCACAUAUAGCCAAAGAAGGCAGAUGAGUUCUCGUGAAAAAACUACCGCAGCACGGAGAACACCCACCCACUUCAUCGCGAUUCAAGUCAAAGAUCAGAAGACUGUGGAUGCUCUUGAGAAUGUUCAGAACAGUGUCGUAAAGAAAAGGCGUGCAAUGCGGCGUGUAAUGACAUCGCCAAAAAAGUUCCAUAUUACGCUCAUGGUGUUUAGAAUAGAUAACGAGGAUGAUGUUCUGAGAGCUAAAGAAGCCCUUGAUGCAGCCCACGCUCUCCUGAAGGACGAAUAUGAGGCUGACCCAAUCAAGGUGGCAUUCCAAGGCACGAACAACUUCAAGAAUCAAAAUAAAAUAGUCUAUGCAGACAUCAAAGAUGCUCUAAUUCAUGAGAGGCUGAAGAAGCUGUCCGAUGUUCUGAGGGAAUGCUACGAAGCUGCAUCGCUUAAAGCUACUGAUGACCGCUUCACUCCUCAUCUGACUCUGAUGAAGAUGUUGAAAACCACAUCGAAAUGGAGGCAACAAACGGGCAUCAAGAUCAUUGUUCCGUCCCUCUACGCCGAGUUUGCAGAGGAAGAGUUUGGUGCUACCACUGUUGACAGCCUUCAGGUGUGCUCCAUGGAUGAUGAUAAUGAGGAGACUGGUUAUUAUGAAAUCCUACAUGAAGUCCAUUUUCAUGGAACCGAACAUACCAACCCUACAUGUCUUCCUAAAACUUCACCUCCAAAAGAAAUCGUGCAAGACGAAAGUGGUGACAAUUAACUAGAAAAUACUGCCAUGGACGUUGGUGCAACAAGUCCUGACCCUGAAACUGUUCUUUACCAGGUGACGAUUCGCCUAAGAAAGAAAUCGUGCAAGACGAAAGUGUUGUGAAAAAUACAGAAAAUACUGCCAUGAACAUUGACCGUACAAGUCCUCCUGAAACGGGAUGAAACUGAACCCAACUCAGACAUUGAAGAACAAAAGAAAAUUGAAUCCUCAAUGAGAUUCAUCUGUUCAGUCAAGUAGUCAGAAUAGACAAAGUUCUAUCUUUUUUCAAAGAAGAAUGAAAACAACAAUUAUAAUAUUGAGAUUCCAUGACUACUCAAGUCAGUUUUGUUAGAAGAACAUUCACUAUAAAAUACUUGCAACGAUUUCACAAUGAACAUUAGCAGAAUCAUCUCCACCAUGUCCAGUGUUCCAUGUAAAUAUUGCUUUGAGUGUGUUUUUCCUGUUUUUUCAAUUUGAGCAUGUUAAGACAAAGAUCGUUUUCACACCCUUGGUGUUCCUGGCUAGCCUGUCAUUUGCUGCUGCUUUAGGCAUAUGCCAAUUUACAAUUUAUAAAUUGAGUGUAAGAAGUGAAUAAAAUACUUUUGCUUGAGAGCCUCAAUACAUGUAUUCAUACUGCAAAAAACUUGUGGAGAAUGACACGAGAAAGGGUUAGUCCUUACCUUAUAUGCAUUCAACAUGGCGAUGCAAUCACUGAACGAGCCCAUGGACCAUGUCAACUUUUUUCUGGAAAAAAUAUAAUUCAGUGAGAGAGAACAUCCGACAGCAACAAAUAAUAGAAUAUUAUUUUCAA